AUGUUCUUCGUCUUCUCGCUCUUCUUCACCGCCCUCGGCCUCAUCUCGUGGCUUUACCCCGCUGAGAUCUUCCCCACGGCGAUCCGUGCCCGCGGCUCGUCCCUCGCGACCGCCACAAACUGGAGCCUCAAUCUCGUUUUUGCGCAGUGCUCGCCUAUUGCUCUGACCACCCUCCAGUACAAGUACUUUUACUGCUUUGUUGCGUUCAACUGGGCCGCUGCGGUGAUCGUCUGGGCGUUUUAUCCGGAGACCGGCGGCAAGUCCCUUGAGGAGGUGGCAGAGGUGUUCACUACCCGGGCCCAGCAGCGUCGCAGGGGCCAGUCGUAUGGAUCGGACUCGACGGGUGCGGACGUGACGGAGUCGCGGGAUGUCAAGUCGGGUGUUACGUUGCAUGUUGCACAAAAGUGA